UCCCAAACCAUCCAUCCAUAGCUGCUUGACAGCACUAGAGAGCUACAGAGAGAACGACGACGAAGGCUUGACAAAUAGAUAGAGGAGAGACACACACGCAGAUCUAUAUAUAUAGCUAGAGAGAGAGAGAUCUAGAGAUCGAGUUCUUGCAGCCAAGAAACUAAACUAACCAAAGCAUAGCAAAUGGCCGACCGUGUGAUGAAGCUGGCGUCGGAGCGGGCGGUGGUGGUGUUCACGCUGAGCUCCUGCUGCAUGUGCCACACGGUGACGAAGCUCAUGCAGGACCUGAGCGUGAACGCGCUGGUGCACGAGCUGGACAGCGACCCCAGGGGCAAGGAGAUGGAGCGCGCGCUGCUCAAGAUGCUCGGCGGCAGGGGCCCCGCCAUCCCCGCCGUCUUCGUCGGCGGCAACCUCGUCGGCGGCACCAACAGGGUCAUGUCCCUCCACCUCGCCGGCGAGCUCGUGCCCAUGCUCAUGAACGCCGGCGCGCGCUGGGUGUAGAGACGACCAGGGCAGCAGCAGCAGUACGUGCGUGGAAAAAGUGGUCGGCAGGUUUUUCCCAUCCUGUUGUUCCGAGUUCUAAAAAGAAUAAAUAAGGCAAACUAGCUUGCAAGCUAUAGCGUCAUGCAUGUUUUUGUUCUAACUUGCAAUGGUGAGGGCAUGUGUGUGUACUGAUGAUCGUCGCACCCUUUUUUGAUGAUGGUUUUGGAAAUAUAUGAGAGCUAAAUAAUAAGUAACCAGUGCAGA